AACAGGAGCUGAGAAACCGGAUGAGCAUCAGGAAAUUCAAGAACAAAGAGAAUUCCAUGAAAAAGUUUUGGGCAAACUUGUAACAGCUACUCCUGAGGCCCUAGAGAAUACACGUGGAUGGAAGGGCAGUUUGGGGCAUUCAAGACACCCGGGACUAGACCGUCUUCCAGAGGAAAGAAAGGCCAUGCGGAGCGCGACAUGGGCGUAACUUUCAAACUGAACCUUACUCCGAUUACAGACAAGAAACCAAGGGGUCAAAAGCAUCUGGCCACCUCCGUGGCAGCUCCAGCCCCUGCUCUGCCGCGCGUGUGCGGGGCACUUGGAGUGUGUGACAGGGGGACCGGACUGCGUGUAGACGCUCGCACAGCACACACAGGGAAGUCAUGGCCGCGGGGCGGGCGUGCCAGGUCUGCAACCUGCGGACGCGGACCCCCGCCCUGGCACCGAGAACCCCCAGCCUUAAGAGGGAGACGGAGAGGAGACGACUCAGCCCCUGGCCUAGGUGCCGCUUCCAGGGCACCUUCCUCACGCACUCCGUGAUGGGCGUGUGGCCCGCAGCUCCGGCCACUGGGAACAGAGCGGCGGCGUACCACCCCAGGCGGUCAGCUCGGCCGCCCGUCACUCCUCCCCAGCCGGAGGGGACGCGAAGGACACGCAAAGGUCGCGUUCCACGCCCCGCGGCCACUGAGGCCGGGCCUCCUGGCGCCCAGAGCGUCCCGGAAGUGCGCGCAGCGGGGCCGGGGCCGGGCUGGACGCGCUUCCGGCCGGCGUGCGGCGGCCUCCUCCCGCUCCAAGGUCCCAGGUGUGCACACCUUUGGCAGGUCUCAGGGAAGAUGGCAGCCCUAGGGGACAUUCAGGAGUCCCUUCCUGUACUGUACCCUGUCAGUCUCUCCUCACCGGGGACACCUGGAGCCCAGCACCACGAGACACGGCUUCACUUCCACGGGCAUCAGCAUGGCUCCCCCAGCUCCAGCCCUGAGGUGCUCUCCCAGCCAUCUGACCUGGAUCUCGAGGACAUAGAGGAAGUUGAGAUUGGCAGAGACGCCUUCUGGCCUGAUUCGGAGUCCCAGCCAGAGCAGGCUGCCCCUCUCCCCUUGCGUGUCCCUGAAGACGGGGUGGGCCAGGACGGGGGUACGCUGCGGGGCCUCCUGAGAAGCCUUCCGCGGGGAGCCAAGUGCCCCAGGUUGGAGCAGCCGGCGGGCCAACUGCCAGGGACUCAGCACACGGGCGCGUGGCUCUCGACACUCGAGACACGGGGAGCCCCCGGGGUCGAGGGUGGGCCCGAGCUGGGGGACAGCUUCGGCCAGGUCGCAGGCCACGGGACGCGGCAGAGCAGCGCGCGGGAGACCAAGCUGCACCGGUGCGAGGCCUGCGGCAAGAGCUUCAAGUACAACUCGUUGCUGUUGAAGCACCAACGCAUCCACACGGGCGAGAAACCUUACGCUUGCCACGAGUGCGGCAAGCGCUUCCGCGGCUGGUCGGGCUUCAUCCAGCACCACCGCAUCCACACAGGCGAGAAGCCGUACGAGUGUGGCCAGUGUGGCCGCGCCUUCAGCCACAGCUCGCACUUCACGCAGCACCUGCGCACCCACAAUGGCGAGAAGCCCUACGAGUGCGGCGAGUGCGGCCAAGCCUUCAGCCAGAGCUCCAACCUGGUGCGCCACCAGCGGCUACACACGGGGGAGAAGCCCUAUGCCUGCAGCCAGUGUGGCAAGGCCUUCAUCUGGAGCUCCGUGCUCAUCGAGCACCAGCGCAUCCACACAGGCGAGAAGCCCUACGAGUGCGCCGACUGCGGCAAGGCUUUCCGCGGCCGCUCACAUUUCUUCCGGCACCUGCGGACCCACACGGGCGAGAAGCCCUUCGCCUGCGGCAUCUGCGGCAAGGCCUUCGGCCAGAGCUCUCAACUCAUCCAGCACCAGAGGGUGCACUACCGGGAGUAGCCGGGGCUGAGACCGGCCCGCUGGGGUCCUGCGCCCCUUCCAUCCUGUCUGGCGCCGCUGCGCACGGCAUGCCCACCGUCCCUAAUAAAUUCUCUCUUGGGAUGGACAUGGGAGCCAGCUCCUGCCUGGGCGGGACUUCUGGCUUCUUCCCAUCCCGGAGGGAAGAUGGGAGACAGGGCUGCUCCACUCAGACCUACCUCGUUUGUCCCCAGGGGGCUGGAGGUGCCCUGACAUAACGCUCACCCAAAGGCAGAAAUCCAAAGAAGGCGGGAUGAGGACAGGGCUGGCUUGCCUAGGAGUAGGAGCGCAAUGCUUGUCCUCCACGCUGGGCAUGGGAUCUCUUUGGCAGUUCAUCCUUGAGUAUUUCGAAGGUUUCUGGUUCUAGUCUUUUUUUUUGAGACAGUGUCAAGCUGUCACCCUGGGUAGAGAGUCGCAGCAUCACAGCUCACAGCAACCUCAAAAUAAUAAGGUUAAGCAAUUCUUAAUAAGGCUUAAGCAAUUCUCUUGCCUCCCAAGUAGCUGGGACCACAGGCGCCCGGCUAUUUUUUGUUGCAGUUGUCAUUGUUUGGCGGGCGGGGGCUGGAUUCGAACCCACUAGCUGCAGUGUAUGUAGCUGGCGCCCGAGCCACUUGAGCUACAUGCGCCGAGCCUGUUCUAGUCUAUUCUAAAUAGUGCUCUGUUCUUUCCACACAGCUCUCAGAUCUGGGGCCCCUCACCCCAUUGUCUUUCUGCCUACCUUUACCCUGUCCUGGGGAGGGGGCCCAGUGGUGCACAGGUCUUGACAAGGGCAGGCUGCUACAGCCGGAUCAGGGCUGUGACUCCUCUCCCUAGCUAGGAAGGGCAGUCAGGGGCACACAGCCCUGGAGCUUCCAGCCCCUAUGGUAAGGAAAGAGGUCAGCAGAGUGGGGGUGGCCCUGAGUGUUAACAACCCUUCUCCCUGCCCCACCUGCUCCUUCUGGGCCCACUGGGGUGAGGUGGGGGUGCUCCUGGCAAUGUUAACUAGUCCCCAGACCCUCCUAGAAGUCCUGCUGUGACCUGUCCUAGCCCCCAGAUGUCCCUGUGGCAGGUCGUUAGUCCUGUUGAAAGGAGGCUUAGGGCCUUACUUUGCGUCAGCAUCUGCAGGCACCUGCACUGUGCACGUCUGAUGUCAUCAGUCUUCAGCAAGCCCAUUUUCCAGAGGACACCCAGGGCUUAGGCCCCAUUUCCUCCCCUCUGGGACAGAGGGUCUUUGACGGCCUAAAGUUGGACUGUGCCCUUAUGGCUUCUCACAAGCCUCCACGUGGCUCCCCUAGGCUUCUUGCCACCUGGGGCUCCCUUCCAGCUUCUUAGAGGCGGCACCUUCCUUGCAGAGACUUGCUUCCGUUUGGGGUGGCUCAAAAGGUUGUGGGGAAGCCACAGGUGUCCCUGCAGGGCCUUACUGUCUGUCUGCAGCUGGUCCAUUUCUUCCCUCUGGUCCAGCUCCUUCAGGCCAUGGACUCAGCAGGCUCCGCACCGUGCCCAGAUGGGGGUCGCAUCUGGUCUAGGGCAGGUUCCGCCAGAUGCGGCCUCACCCUGGGUCAGACCUCACAUCAGGCUUUUCCCCUGAGUGUGGCGUGAGGAGGUCAGUAGAGGCCAAGUGUAGGACAGGACCUUCAUCCCUGACCCCGCACCAGCACGCUGGCAAGGCUGAGCCUGCAGAGGAGGCCUAGACCAGCAGCCAGGCUCCUGCAGGCUGGGAGAGUCUUCGUCCCAGCAGCGCGGCACCCACUGUGACCUCACCUCUUGCUUGGUCCUUUAGGCCACCUGGCUCUGCCUUCUGGAGCCAUGUUCUUUGUCCUUUGUCCCUAUUCUUUGACCUUGAAUAGCUAUCACAGGCCCUGAACCCAAAAGCUCCGGUCUCUAACCCCUACAAGAAGUCAAAACACCUGGCUGAGUCCCAGGCUGUCUUGCUGAGCACAGGUUCUUA